AUGACUCCCAGCAUUCUUCCUCACGCCACACACUCACUCAGCUCCAGAAUGUCUGUGGCUCAAAGGAAAGAGGCAAACGAGCUGAGAAAGACUCUCAAACCCCUAAUGGAGAAAAGAAGGCGCGCACGCAUCAACGAGAGCCUCAACAAGUUAAAAGAGCUGAUAGUCCCUUUGGCUGGCAAAGAUACUUCCCGCUACUCAAAACUGGAGAAAGCCGACAUCUUGGAAAUGACCGUUAGGUUCCUUAGAGAACUCCCAUCGUCACCUGUUACAGCCCAAUCAGACAGGUACAGAGAGGGUUAUGAAGCGUGCCUGCAGUGGGUCUCAACGCUCCUCCCGCGCACAAGCCUGGACCGUGAAACCUGCGCACGCGUGCAUGACUUCAUCCAGCAGUCGAAGUUCACGAGCCCGUCGGCAUGCCGCACAUGUAGCGCGCUCUCACCCGUCCAACACGAGCGACUUCUGAGCCGGAAAUCCAACAACGUCAUUCCAAGUGAAAACCGCGCGAGCGUCGCUGGACCAGCUUGUGAUGGAGCUCAUGCUGCACCACAAGCCGCCACUCAAACCAUGUGGAGACCGUGGUAGAGCGCUGAGCAAGUCUCCAACUCGAGAUAACGAUUCACAGUUAACUUUGCAUAUAUAUAUGUUUAAAAAUGUAUUUAUAGUGACAUGCAUAAGUCAUAAGCGUUCAAAACUGGUUGUAGAAUGAAAUACGAUUUAAAAAAAAAAUUAAUAGAGCCAGUAAGCACAGAUCAUGGAUAUAGAAAUAGGCAAUGUUAGUGACUUAAUGCAAUCCUCUUUGGGGUGUCAAGACGUACAAGUUGUAAACAACACAAUUGUAAACCCCGUGGGUUAUAAUGUAUUUCAUGAGGUUUGCACGAUUGACUUUUGUGUAUUUGGUCUGUGCAAAGAAAUUGUAAACACUGUGUGUUAAUAAGUAGGCAGACUUAAGUGAA